AUGGCGUUUAGAGCUACCCCUGUAGUUCGGUCCGCUAUGAGGAAAUGGGCGUACAACUUAGCGGGAUUUAAUCGUUAUGGUCUCCGCCGGGAUGAUACACUAUACGACGAAGACCAAGACGUGAAGGUAGCACUGCGCCGCUUACCGAAGCACGUGCUCGACGAGCGCACCUACCGGCAGCUGCGAGCCCUCCAACUGAGCAUCCAAAAAGACACUCUGCCCAAGGACCAGUGGACCAAGUACGAAGAGGAUACUCUCUACCUGACCCCUAUAGUCGAUCAAGUAAGAAGAGAACGCGAGGAGAGAGAAGCCUGGGAAAGCGAGUACUAA